AUGGAUCACCCACAGCCCUUCCAUGUUGGAGUGAUUGGUGGCGGCAUGGGUGGGCUCGCGUGCGCUAUUGCAUGCGCCCGAGCAGGUGCACGCGUGACACUGCUUGAAGCUGCGCGGGAGCUUGGGGAGAUCGGUGCUGGCAUUCAGAUGAACUCGAACGUUUCUAGACUCCUCAUCCGCUGGGACGUUGAUGAAAUCAUCGGCGACAACCUGAUCACGAUGGACGCGAUCGAUACGUGGGAUUUGGAAGACCGAUUGAUCUCCACCUUCGAUCCAAAGGUUGCCAGGAAAUUGUCGGGCUUUCCACAUUGGGUCGUUCGAAGAGAUCACUUACAUGCUGGACUGACUGAAUGUGCUCGUCGAACCGGCGUCAAACUUCUCGUCGACUCACGAGUUGAAUCUUUCGAGCACAAUAAGCAAGGAGCCAGGGUCAAAACCGUUCGUGGAAAUGAGUAUUCCUUUGAUCUGCUCGUUGGAGCAGACGGCAUGCGCUCCAUGGUAAGGAGGUCGUUGUUUCCUAAAGCUGUACCAACAGGAGCAUCCACCGUAGCCGCCUUCCGCGGUAUUCUUUCUUACGAAGAGGUCUAUCGAGAGGUGCCAGAAGCCAGGCAGCGGUUAAGAAACUCGGCUGAUGCAUUCGUCGGACCUCAUGGCUACGCCCUGUUAUAUCCGCUUUCCGCCGGCAGAGAAUUGAAUGUUGUGUGUAUGUUUCAGAUGGACCGAGUCGUCACGCAGGCUGAGGAAGUGGACGUCGACGAAUUCCGGCAAUUGUUCAAGGACUGGUGUCCGUUCUUGCGUAAGAUCCUCAAUCUUCUCAAGAGCACGCAAAUCUGGCCCCUACUGGUACUGCCGCCUAUGAAGACGUGGUCCAACGAGCACAAGACGGCUGUACUGUUGGGAGAUGCUGCUCACUGUAUGCAAAAUCACAUGGCUCAAGGAGCAGCCACAGCCAUGGAAGACGGUGCGUUCCUCGGAUCUCUUGUUGGAGAAGUCAUUCGUAAUUCUGUGACACUUCCGGAAGCGAUCGAGCUCUAUGAGAAGAAACGGAUGCCAAGAGUAUGGACCAAACAACAGGCCUCGUUCGUCACUGGAGUUUUCAAUAUGGCGGCUGGCGAGGAUGCGGAGAGGAGAGCCAAGGCUUCGCUGCCAGAGAUUGAAGCACUUUCCCACGACGUCGUUCGACCCAGCAAGGCACUUCCCACGUGGUAUCGUGCAUGGCAGCUAUGGUGUAACCCUGUCAGCACGCCAAGCAUCCUGUAUUUCGACCCCGAGGGCGAGGCGGAGCAGGCUGUACUCGAGCACUUGCAGGAGAAAACCCAAAUGGACACGACCACGCUGGUAAGCAAAGGUAUAUGGGAUCGUUGGUGGGGAUUUAUCAAUAAUAAUGGCCCGCAAACUCAACUAGUAGCAAAACUAUGA